GAUCGGCAACAACUGGUUGGUCAGACAAGCAAAUCGAAGGCUAUGGAAUCGGCGCGUAUUGUGAUAAUCGGUGCCGGCGCGGCUGGCAUAGCGGCAGCGACACGCCUCCUACAGUCCGGCUUUGAAAAUGUGUUGUUGCUUGAGGCUGAAAAUCGUUUUGGUGGACGCGUACAUAGCAUACCAUUUGCGGAUAAUGUGGUCGACUUGGGUGCGCAAUGGUGCCAUGGGGAGAAGGGCAAUGUCAUCUAUGAGUUGGUAAAAGACUUGGAUAUGGUGCAGCCGACAAGCACGUUCUAUGACGACUACAAAUGCGUGCGUUCCAACAAGGAAAUACUCUCGAAUGCAGCCACUGACGUGCUUAAAUCUGUCGCCUCCAAUUUGACAAUGUCGCACCAGCCGGGAUUAAAAGAUUUCGAAGGCUCCUUGGGUACAUACUACACCGAGGUAUUUUGGCGUAAUCUGCCGCAGACGCAAGCGUUCGAUAAGACAGUGGCAUGUGAAUUUUUCGACAACUACAAAAAAAUGUUGAGUUCCAUGGAUGGUGCAGAUCAUUUGUUCGAAGUUUCUGCGCGCGGUCAACUCGAGUAUUGGGAAUGUGAAGGCGAUCAGCAACUCAAUUGGAAAGGUAAAGGUUUCCGCAGUUUAUUGCGGCUACUCAUGCAAGCACGGAAAGACGAUGUAGCUGAUUUGGGCAUACUUGACGAUCGCAUACGGUAUAACUCACGCGUGCAAAAUAUCGCGUGGAGGGAAGUAAAUGGCGACAUACGCAUACGACUUUGGAAUGGUGAACUAAUCGAAGCUGAUCAUGUCAUCUGCACUGUAUCGCUGGGCGUGCUUAAGGAAACCCAUCAGCAAAUGUUUACGCCAGCGCUGCCGCCUGCCAAAUGUCGCCCUAUUGAUGGACUCAAGUUGGGCACAGUCGAUAAAUUUUUCAUGGAAUUUGAAGAACCUUUUGAGCAAAGCGAUUGGCCUGGCUUUUGCUUCCUUUGGCGCGAUGAGGAUUUGUUAGAGCUACGCAACUCUGUGAACUUUUGGUUGGAGGGCGUAAUCGGCUUUUUUCGCGUUACUUGUCAGCCACGCUUGCUUCAAGGCUGGAUAAUCGGUUCGCAUGCACGUCACAUGGAAACGCUAACUCAAUCGGAGAUUCUCAAUGCUCUGCAGUGGCUUUUUGAAAAGUUUCUUACUUUCGAAAUGCCAAAGCCAGUGAAAUUUUUGCGCACACAAUGGUUUAGUAAUCCCAAUUUUCGCGGCAGCUAUUCAUUUCGUUCGAUGUAUACCGAAGAGCUACGCACAGGUAGCGCGGAUUUGGCUAAGCCGCUGACGGAUGAAAGAAGUGGAAAACCAUUGCUGCAAUUCGCCGGUGAGGCGACGCAUACAAACUACUAUUCGACGGUGCAUGGCGCGGUAGAGAGUGGUUGGCGGGAGGCGAAACGCUUAACCGACUAUUAUCUGGGUGAAGUGGUGGCGAAUCUUGAGAUAGGCUGAAGUGGUUGUACAUAUGUAUGUAGAUAUUAGUUAGCGAUACUGUUGGUAAUGGUGGAGGUAGAAGAAAUGAUUUACUUAUCAGCUGUUGAGAGCAUUUGAGCGACUCUGCCUUAUUGUUGUACUAUUCUAAUUACUUGAUUAAAUAUUUUUUAUAAUAUAUU